AUGAAUGACUUCCAUAAAUCUUGUAACCCUCGGCUAAAGGUCUUGCUCUAUAUGAAUAUCCAGAUGAUAUUGAUAAGUGAUACAUUUCUCAGUUCUCAGUUAACCACAAUAGCCAAGAUGCAUCAUAGUCUCAUGGUAGGAGCUUUAUCCCUGAUGGCGUCGGUGUAUAUGACGAUGGCUGAUAGUGGAUACGGAGGACGCGGAGGAGGAGGCCUGAAUGGAGGUGGUGGUGGAUUUUGUGGUGGUGGAUUCGGAGGUGGAGAUGGUGGCGCCGGAGGUUAUGGCGGCAAUGGUGGAGGCGGAGUAAGAGGAGGCAGCGUGACUCCUGGAAUUCUCGUUGGAAGCGGAAGCCUCCCAAGUGUUGGCGGAAAUGGUGGCAGUUACGGCGUUGGCAAUGGCGGUGGAAGUGUCGGUUUCGGCAGUGGAAUUGGUGGAAUUGGAAAUGGCUGUUUCGGCGGUGGCAGUAUUAGUGGGGGCAAUGGAGUUUCUGCUACCUUUACCAUACCCUUUAUGAUCUCGUGUCUAAUCCUAUCAUUUUUGGUUACUCCACACAUCCACCUAAGCAACCUCAUUUCUGCUACUUCUAAUUUUAUUUCCACGCCCUUUUUUAAUUGGGCGUGGAAAGUCUCUGUCCCGUACAUCAUUCCAGGCUUGUCAACGCUUUUAUAUACGCUUCCUUUCAGCUUCAAGUUAACUCUCUUAUCACACAAGAUACCCGAUGUUCUCCACCAGGUUGUCCAUGCUGAUUUGAUUCUGUGGUUUAAUUCUACAUCCAAGUCUCCAAUACUUCUUAUGUGUUUACAUAACGGAGGAUUCGGAGGACACGGAGGAGGAGGUGGAGGAGGCCAUAACGGAGGAUUCGGAGGACACGGAGGAGGAGGUGGAGGAGGCCAUAACGGAGGAUUCGGAGGAGGUGGUGCAGUCGGCGGUGGAUUCGGAGGAAAUGCUAUUGGAGGAGGAGUCGGCGGUGGAGCUGGUGGAGGUUAUGGCGGCAAUGGUGGAGGAGUAGGAGGAGGCAGCGUGGCUCCUGGAAUUCUCGUUGGAAGCGGAAGCCUCCCAAGUGUUGGCGGAAAUGGUGGCAGUUACGGCGGUGGCAAUGGCGGUGGCAGCGGCGGUUUCGGCGGUGGCAGCGGCGGUUUCGGCGGUGGAAGCGGCGGUUUCGGCGGUGGAAGCGGCGGUUUCGGUGGAGGAAACGGCGGUUUCGGUGGAGGAAACGGCGGUUUCGGAGGUGGAAAUGGUGGUUUCAGCGGUGGAAAUGGUGGAUUUGGUGGUAGUGGUGCUGGAGGUCAUGGAGGUAGCUACGGAAGGAAAUGA